AUGCGUAUGGCAGUUCAAAUGGAGGAGGAAGGGCGUCUCGACCAAGCCGCGCAGCACUUUAUCGCAGCCGGAAAACCAGCCGAAGCAGUCGCUAUGUACGUACACGAUGGAGACUGGAGAAACGCGGAGCAGGUCGCCAAAGAGCACUCUCCAGAAUCGCUCCCAGACGUCUUCAUAGCUGAAGCUCGCAAAGCAUUGGAAGAAGAGGAUAACGCACGAGCGGAAAGCUGUCUUUUGAGGGCGAAUCGACCUGAUAUCAUACUCAAGUUCUAUCAGGAGAGCGGAAUGUGGCCUGAUGCCCUGCGCAUUGCCAAGGAAUACUUACCGCAUCAGCUGCUACAACUGCAGGAAGAAUUUGAGCAGGUUGAGUUGCUAGGAGGUGGCCGCGGCGUCAGUUCUUUACUAGCACAAGGUCGAGCAUUCGAAGAGCAACGUGAAUGGACAAAAGCUGUUCAGGCCUACCUCAAGAUUAAUCGCUCGACUACCGACGACGAAUCGGUGAUCAAUGAUGCGCUGAUGAAGAGUGCUGAUUUGACGUUACGAUUUUUAGCGAAUUCAGAUGAAGAGAUGGUACUGAAAGUCGUUGAAGCGCUUGAAGCGAAUAAGAGCUACGAGAAGAUGGCCGAAUUGCUGCUAGCCAUUGGACAGAACCGACAAGCCGUCAUGGCGUUGGCUAGAUCUCAGCAGUGGUCGAAAGCUAAGCAGGUAGCCAACGAGUUCGUUCCUGAGAUGGUUCCAGAAGUUGAGGCUCAAUACAAGGAAUGGCUGACACAGGAGGGCCGAGUUGGUGAGCUGAUUGAUGUUGACGUCAUCUCCGCCAUCGAUCUUCUGAUCGCCAAAGGGCAGUGGGAUAAGGCUUUGGAUGCGGCUAGACAGCAGAAGCACAAACCUCUGCUUGACAAGUACGUCGCCCAGUACGCAGCUGAACUGCUCGCGCAGAAUCACAUUGACCUGAUGUUGAAGGUCUUUGAAAAGUACGGCGCUUCAUCGAAUCCGGCGAAUUUCAAUCUUUACAAGGCGAUUCUUGACAAGGACAUUCAAACGGCGGAUUUGCAACGGCUCCGCCUACAGCAGUCCAUUUCACUUUUGCGUUACUCAGAUCUCAUUCCAGCAGAUCGCGUUUUCUACCAAGCAGGAAUCGCUGCCAAGGAUGCAGGCGGAGACUACGCUCCUCUAGCGUUUCUACUACUUAAUCACUACCUCGAUUUGGUAGAUGCUAUUGAUGAGGGCGAUGCUUCGCUGGUUGAUUACUCCGCGUUUGAAGGUACUGACAUACCUGCAGAAGUACCACUACCUGAAUCUCCAUGGGUUGAGGGUUCAGUGCACGAGGAAAUCAAAGAGUGGGUGCUAGCUACUUCAGUGGAUGACGGGGCCUCUCGAGAUCUCAAACUGGACUCACGCGGUCUGUUCGAAGCCACAAUUGAAGCCAAUGGUCAGAAAUGGCCAGAAUGUAUAAUUACAGGUAUUAUUUCAAAAAUU